GGCAGGAAAUUAAAGCAGUCGCCUCUAAACUACGCUCCGCUUGCUUACCUUGGAGAGGUAAAAGUUAAAUGUUAAAGACAUGAAUAAGAAGUGCAAUGUAACUUAACUGUGUUUGUGGCUGUUGUUCGUGUAAAUAUUGUAAAUAGAUUUGUUAUUUUUCAAAAUGAUUGCACUGACGGAGAGAAGUUAAAAAUGGCAAGGAUAAUAUUAUCGUUCGUGCUGUGUCUAGCACUAUGGGAAGUCGCAAGUGCUGGUUACAUUCCUCCAGGACCUCUCUACAGGUGCCCUGAGGAAUAUUUACUUUUACAUCCUUGUACGUGCGACAUCGAAUCCGACCAAGGAAUUUACGUGAGCUGCAAUAACACUAACUUAGCCAGCAUGAGUGUAGCCCUUAAUAAUUUAGCCGCCUUUAAGCUGCCCAUUGAGAGACUUACAAUCUACAAAAGUCACAUUGCAAGACUUUUCGGCAGCCUCCUCUACAAGCUAAAUUUACGAACAUUACUAAUUCAAGACACGCCAAUUGAGAUUAUCGAAGAGCACACUUUUCUGGGUGUGAAUGAGACUUUGAAUGAGCUCCAUCUGAUUAACUCCAGCCUGCAGGAAUUCCCCACCCUGGCCUUUAAGAUUUUAGGUAAUCUCACCGUCCUGAAAAUUGAUGGCCAUAAUAUGACCAGCCUUCCGAAAGACGCUUUCGCCGAAAGCUCCGUAAGCGGCCGACUUCUGCGGCUAUUUUUAUCAAAUGGAUAUUUAACAACUCCGCCUAUAGAAAGUUUGCAACCGUUGAGGAAGCUGAAAAUGCUGGAUUUGCACGGGAAUCGCAUCCCUGAGUUGAAAAGGAACCAGUUCAAGGGGUUGAGGGACGUGGAAAUUCUAGAUUUGAGCUAUAAUGGUAUUAGAAAGGUGGAUUCGAGCCAUCUCGCGGAUUUGACGAAAUUGUCGUUUUUCAACGUGUCACAUAAUAAUAUCACGGAGUUGACGAGGGGUGCCUUCGCCCGCAACACAAUCCUGAAGGUCCUCAAUAUGUCCUUCAACAAAAUCAAACGUUUGGAUUCGAACACAUUCCGAGGAAUGCGUUUCCUGCGUCGACUUUACCUCUCAGACAAUGCAAUCACAGACAUCGGCAGAGGCACUUUCGGCUCGCUUGCUCAAGUGGGAACCAUCGACUUGGCCCGAAACUUCCUCAAGAAAAUCGACUAUCAAAUGUUCUUCGAAUUGAAAUUCAUAGACACAAUAGAUGUCUCCGAAAACAACGUGACCGAAAUCCAGAAGCUCGCCUUCAAGGAUAUUUACUUGACGAACAUCAACUUAUCGAAAAACAAUAUUAGUAAGAUCGAGAGUGGCGCUUUCAAGAACUGCGCCAACAUCACUAGGCUGGAUUUGUCCUACAACAGGAUAGAGUCGAUCCCGAAAAAGGCGUUCGAUGAGACGACGUACGCCACUGAAAUACAGCUCUCCUACAAUCUUUUGACAAUUUUUGAUCAAAUUCCUCUGCAUAACAUGAGUGGGCUGAAAAUUUUGAACGUUUCUCACAACUCCAUCGAAAAAAUUCCCAAAGGAAGUUUCCCGAAGUUGUACGAACUUCACACUAUAGACGUCUCUCACAACAAUCUGAGCGACAUUUUCAACAGCGUCUUCCAGACUUUGUUCUCUUUGAGAACGUUGAAUUUGAGCUACAAUUCUCUGGAGACGAUCAAACCGAGCACUUUUGGGGCUCUCCCCACUUUGCUUGAGCUAGAUUUGAGCAACAAUAGGUUGAGAGAUAUCGCAAGAAGUGGUCUUACACGACUUGCUAGCACCAGGAUGCUCACCCUUCGGAACAAUCACUUAACGAAAUUGUUUAUCCUACCGAUAUCAGUCUCUGAAUUAGAUUUAGCGUAUAACGACUUUGAAGAAAUCCCUCCGAAAUUGUGGCCGAGCAUGAAUUCCCUGUUGACUCUGGAUUUGAGUUAUAACCGAUUAGGGGAUAGUUUAGUGCAGGGUAGUUUUACUAAUUUGCUCACUCUGCGGAAACUUAAUCUCAAUUAUAACGGAAUUUCGAAGCCUCCAUGGGUUGCCAUUAACGAGCUGAGUUCAUUGCAGUAUUUAUAUUUGGAGGGGAACAACUUGACGAAGUUGAACAAGGCCGCUUUUGGUAAAUUGCCUGUCGUUUUUGAGCUGAAUUUGGCACAUAACCAGAUCUGGAACGUGAGCGCUAGGGCUUUUGAUGGAUUGCUACAAUUGAUUGUUUUGAAUAUGACCCACAACAAUAUAACCUACAUUCCAAAUGCAGGCUUACAAGGAUUGGUCGCCCUGCAGACCUUGGAUCUUUCACACAAUAAAAUCGAGAAGUUGGAUAACAAAACGCACGGUUUAUUCGACGAUUGCUUAUCGCUGGAACGAUUGGAUCUAAGCCACAAUAAAAUCAGCUUUAUAACGAGGAAAACCUUCCCGAGCAGUCCCUACAUACCCUACAAAUUAAGGGAAAUCGAUUUGUCGUAUAAUUCGAUGCCGGUUGUCACGUUUGAUCUUACUUUCGGUACUUCGAAGGUGAAGAAGCUCAACUUGUCGCACAAUUCCAUUGCGGAUCUGAGAAGAGGAGUUAUAGGGAAUUUAACUAGCUUGGUCUCGUUGGAUUUGUCGUAUAAUAGGAUCGAGGACCUUUCUACCGAUGUAGAGUUUUUCAGGCUUCCACUCAGUGUAACUGAAGUUCGAUUAGGGAGUAAUGUUCUGCACGAAUUGCCAUGGAAGCACCUUAAUAACGUCACAAAAUUAAGUCUUCUGGACAUCAGCAAUAACCUGUUCGAUGGGUUCAGUCCAGAGUUAAUGAAUUUAGUGGUCAAAGGCACGGAUGUCUACUUUGAAGGAAAUCCGCUGAACUGCGACUGUUUUCUGCGCCCUCUGAAACGCCAUUUCGACACACAAUUAUUUCUGGCACCCUUCUACAAGUCUAUAAAGUGCGCUGGGCCCCCUUACCUGUCAGGACAAACAUUGUUUGAACUUCCCGAUGACAGACUAAAUUGCCCUACUAAUGUUAAUACUUCAAGGAUAAUGGAGACGCAGCCUGGAGAAUAUGAUAUAAUGCCAGAUUUGCGGUUCAGGGAGCUCACUCUGAGCAAGAAGAAUAAAUUGAAGGUAAAAUGGCGAGUGUUGCGGAACGACGAUAUCGCAGAUCCUUACGUUGUCGUCAGGAAUAUAAAGGAUCCGAGGAGCAUCGCGUAUGAAGUAACUUUGCCUUAUUUUAAAAGAAGUUUGGAGAUCGACGUCGGUGCUAACCUAACACGCCAGAAGGGAAACGAUACUGAAUACCAAAUAUGUUUGCUGGCAAGGGACAGUAAAACUUUUAUACGUGGUUUCCACAAAGAACAAUGCAAACCCUUCCCGAACUCCGACACCCGGGGGAGGGCGAAUCAUGUGAUACUUACGACGGUUAUUUUGUUUAUAAGUUUUGUAAACUGGUCAUAAAGUUGUUGACAGGGUGGAACUGUGGAACUUACUGUGAUAAGUUGGACGAUCGAGGACUGUUCUGUUAUUGGCCACUCUGUACUACUAUUAUUGUUAUUAAUUAUAAAGUCUGUACAAAAAUGUUUGAUUAAUAAAAAUU